GAAGUGACCGACUAGCCCACAGACUGCUGUCAAGAUGGCUCCAAGUGGGCUGAAAGCGGUAGUAGGAGAAAAAAUCCUCAAUGGGGUCAUCAAGAGUGUUAAGAAGGAUGGGGAAUGGAAGGUUCUCAUUGUGGAUCACAUGGGCAUGCGGAUUCUGUCCUCUUGCUGCAAGAUGUCUGACAUUUUGGCAGAGGGGGUGACCAUUGUGGAGGACAUCAGUAAACGAAGAGAGCCAAUCUCUUCUUUGGAGGCCAUUUAUUUGAUUUCACCUGUGGAGAAGUCAGUUCAUGCACUGAUAAAUGACUUCAAAGACUCUGCUUUUACUUACAAAGCAGCACACAUCUUCUUCACUGACACUUGUCCAGAUGGUCUCUUUGCUGAGAUUGGGAAAUCCAGACUUUCGAAGUUCGUCAAAACUUUGAAAGAGGUCAAUGUUGCUUUUCUGCCAUAUGAGUCCCAGGUAUUCUCCCUGGAUGACCCGACCUCCAUGUACUCCUUCUAUCGUUGUCAGCCAAAUGAAGAAAAAGGCAAAAUGAUGGAAAAACUGGCAGAGCAGAUUGCGACCUUGUGUGAUACACUUAAGGAGUACCCUAUAAUCCGCUAUCACAAGGGACCAGAGGAGAAUGCUAGACUGGCUGAGGAGGUCUAUCAGCGGCUUACUGCUCACAAAGCUGACAACCCAAGCAUGGGGGAGGGUGCAGACAAGGCGCGCUCCCAGCUACUGAUUGUUGAGCGUGGAUUUGAUCCCAUCUCACCUAUCCUACAUGAGUUGACCUUCCAGGCGAUGGCCUAUGAUUUGCUAGAUAUCAAACAGGACAUCUAUACUUAUCAGACAACUGGCAUUGGGGAUUCGAAAAUGAGAGAAGUGUUGCUGGACGAAGAUGAUGAUCUCUGGGUUCAGCUCAGACAUAUGCACAUUGCAGAUGUCACUAAGAAAGUGACAGAGCUUCUUCGCACCUUUUGUGAAAGCAAGAGAAUGUGCACAGACAAUGCAAACAUAAAAGAUCUCUCCCAGAUGUUAAAGAAGAUGCCACAGUAUCAGAAGGAGCUGAGCACUUACUCUACCCAUUUGCACCUAGCUGAAGCUUGUAUGAAGAAAUUCAAGGCCUCUCUUGAUAAGCUUAUUGAAGUGGAACAGGACCUGGCAAUGGGAGCAAAUGCAGGAGGAGAACCUCUAAAGGAUGCCAUGAAGAGCAUUGUUCCUGUGCUCCUCAACAGUGAAAUUGAGACCUAUGACAAAAUCCGCAUCAUACUGCUGUACAUAUUCCACAAGAAAAAAGGCAUUGGGGAGGAGAAUCUUGGCAAGCUCAUCCAGCAUGCAAACAUACAGGCCGACCGCAAUAUCAUCACCAACCUGCAGAACCUGGGAUGCAACAUUAUAGCUGGGGGUCGGAAUGCUGGAAAAACCCUGCCAGAGCGGAAGGAGCGUACGGAGAGCACAUAUCAGCUCUCUAGAUGGACACCCAUAAUCAAAGAUGUCAUGGAGAAUGCCAUAGAGGACAAACUAGACAAAAAUCAGUGGCCCUUCAUUUCUAAUCCUCCCAUCAACACAACUCAGUCAACAACUGCAGUCAGCAGUGCACGUUUUGGACACUGGCACAAAAAUAAACCUCCAACAGAAUAUCGCUCUGGACCUCGGCUUAUUAUAUUUGUGAUUGGUGGGGUGUCACACUCAGAGAUGCGCUCUGCUUAUGAAGUCACUCGAGCCACUGAUGGGAAAUGGGAAGUGCUGAUUGGGUCAUCUCACAUCCUGACUCCAACCAGCUUCCUCAAUGACCUGAAAAGUCUGGACCAACUUCCUAAUCCUGAUUGUUAGGGUCAGGGAAGAGCACACUGAUGUGCUUGCUCAUGCAGCACAUCUAAUAAAUAUCAUUCGAUACAGGGAAGAGCACACUGGAUUAAAGGUUUAGUCUUUCGUUUGAGAUGAAUGGUUGCUGGUCUGUCGUAGCAUCUGACAUCUGAAGUGAAUGUUUAUAUAUAUAUAUAUAUUUUUUUUUGGUUUUGAAUUGGGUUCUAUAUACUGCUGUAAUUUAAAUUGUAUUCAAAUAUUUAAUUAGACCAUAUUCAUAUUUUGAUUAUUCUACUGCUGUAACUUAAAUUAUCAUUUGUUAAAUAUAUUUGAUUUCCCUAAUUUUGUAGAUCAAAAAAUUGCAUCCUUACCAAAUGGACCAUCUCGCACCAAAAGUCUUAAAGUUUAAUGUAGAUGUAUUUAAGUCGAUAGACGGGUGGCUGUGUGUGUGUGUGUGUGUGUGUGUGUGUAGAGAUCAUGUAUUCAUUCUCAUUAAGUAUGAGAUUACUAUCUAGAGAGGAAAAACGAAAACUUCUUUCUCUGUAGGUACCCCCCCCCCCCGUGAAAUGUAAUCUUAGACAAAAUGUCUCAACUGCUGUGUUAAGAAUUCUUGCACAACUACCAUGUAUGCAUAUAUUGCUAAGAGCAAGUGUGGUGGGUGUUCUUGGUCUUUGUUUAAAAAUGUGUAAUAAAAAUGUAAUUCACUU